AUGGAAAAGGGAAAUCACUCCACGGUGACCGAGUUCCUUCUCUCAGGACUGACAGAUCGUCCGGAGCUUCAGGCCCCUCUCUUUGUGUUGUUCCUAGUGAUCUACAUUGUCACCCUGGUAGGGAAUCUGGGGAUGAUCGUGUUAAUCAAGAUUGACUCCCGUCUCCACACCCCCAUGUACUUUUUCCUCAGUCAUUUGUCUUUCUCUGAUCUCUGCUAUUCCUCCAUAAUUUCCCCUAGGAUGCUGCUGAACUUCUUAGCCGAGAGUAAAAGGAUUUCGUACAAUGCCUGCGUGGUGCAAAUGUAUCUCUUUGGUACUUUUGGUCAUGUAGAUUGCCUCCUGCUGGCUGUGAUGGCAUACGACCGUUAUGUGGCCAUCUGUAACCCGCUGCUCUAUACAGUCACCAUGUCCCGAUGGCUCUGUCAUCAGCUGGUGGCUGGGGUGUAUGCCGUGGGCUUGCUGGACUCAAUGGUACACACCGUUUUUACAUUUCGUUUAUCAUUCUGCAGCUCCAAUGCCAUCAAUCAUUUCCUCUGUGAUGUCCCACCGGUAUUGUCGCUCUCCUUUUCCGACACACGCAUCAAUGAGAUUGUGAUGUUUGCCUCGACUGGCUGCGUGGUCGUGAGCAGCAUUGUGAUCAUUCUCCUCUCCUACGCAUAUAUCAUCAUCACCAUCCUGCGGAUCCGCUCCGCCGAGGGCAGGCGCAAAGCCUUCUCCACCUGCACCUCCCACCUGACGGCCGUGGCCAUGUUCCAUGGCUCCCUCCUCUUCAUGUAUUUCCGACCCUCCACCAGUUACUCCCUGGACACUGACAAAAUAGCCUCUGUGUUCUACACGGCGGUGAUCCCCAUGCUGAACCCCUUGAUCUACAGCCUGAGGAACAAGGAGGUGAAAGAUGCCCACAGGAAAGUGAUGCACAAAUUGCUCACUUUCUCUUGAGCCUAUUUACUCCAUACUGCGUUACUGACUGGGAGGUGGAAGCAGGAGAACUCAGUUCCCGCUCCAGUGCAAUCUCAUUCCUCUUCAUGCAGGUUAUCACUGAGCUUUAUUUGGAUUGUUUUUUUUUUCUUUUAUUGUGUUCCAACAAUGUCUGGCAGCCCCAGAAAGGUUCAAGAAGGUUGUGACACUUUCUGGGGGAAUUCAGGAUUGUGAGUCACCCUGUCUCUCCCAUCUAUCAGUGAGCAAGCGACUUUCAGAGGCUAAAUUAUUUUUGUCAGCUCUCGGACUCUCCAGUUUGUUAACCUUCCUCCAUCUCCACCCUCCACCCAUUCUCCUCCAAAGCUCAGCCAGCCUUUACUUUGCCUCGCAGGUCACCUCAGUUGCACUCCAAUCCUGAAAGCUCUUUGAAACGUGUUCCCCGGCAGUAUCCAGCCCCUAUCCCUGGGCUGUCACAGAAAUGACUGAGUCCACUGUCUUCAGAGAGAUAGUAUACACCCCAGCCUGCUAGAUCAGCUGAGGAUUCACGCUUUAAUAUAUUACACUGAGAUGAACUGAGAGUCAAACCAAGAAUACCUUUACUAAAAAUGAGCAGAGGUUUAAGCAAAGAUAAUAGAAACAGAAAAUGGUUCCAAAUGAAAGAAAAAGUACAAUGCAUUUUCUCCUGACUAAAA